UAGAAACCUAGUGGGCUUGAAUUCGAUCGCCAGGAAUGCCAAAGAAGAAGCCGAGCGGGAGCAGUGCCGAGCCACUCGCCUAUUAGCUAGCUGUCAAGCAAGCUUGGCCCGCCCGGUGCGGCCGCGGCUGCUUUACAUGGCGCGCCGCCGCUGAAGCAGAUGGACAAGGCCGCCGUCAUCUACACCAUGGAGAACAAACCCAUUGUGACAUGUGCUGGGGACCAGGCCUUGUUUACCUCUCUCUACACCUCCCUGGCCCAGCAGCUUCCCAGAGAGCCCAUGGAGUGGAGGAGGACAUACGGGCGUCCCCCCAAGAUGAUCCACCUGGAGGCCAACUUUGUCCAGUUCAAGGAGGACUUGCUGCCUAAGGACGGGACCAAGGCCCUGCUCACCUUCCCUUUCCUGCACAUCUACUGGACCGACUGCUGUGACACGGAGGCGUACAGGAAUAGCGUGAAGGAGGACGUGAGCCGAUGGCAGAGCAGCUUGCGGAGCCACGGCUCGGCCGACUGGGUCAUCAUCGUGGUGGACGGCGGCGACGCGCGCAAGAAGAACAAGAGCAACAUCCUGCCCAGGUCCUCCAUCGUCGAUAAGAUCCGCGGCGACUUCUGCAACAAGCAGAAUGACAGGUGCGUGGUGUUGUCGGAGCCGAUGAAGGACUCGUCGCGCUCGCAGGAGUCGUGGAACGCGUUGCUCCUCAAGCUGAGGACGCUCCUGCUCAUGUCCUUCACCAAGAACCUGGGACGCUUCGAGGACGACAUGCGCACCCUCAGGGAGAAACGCACUCAGCCCGGGUGGAGCUUCUGUCAGUACUUCAUGGUCCAGGAGGAACUGGCGUUCGUCUUUGAGAUGCUGCAGCAGUUCGAGGACGCGCUGGUGCAGUACGACGAGCUGGACGCGCUCUUCACGCAGUACGUCCUCAACUUCGCCGCCGGAGACACGGCCAAGUGGUUGGGCUCCUUCUGCUCUCCGGUGUCGAACUGGAGCGGCCUGCUUCUGCGCCGUCCCAUCGACAUGGAGAAGCGCGACGGCAUCCAACGCGGCUCGACCGGCCUGCUGGACCUGCGGGGCUACCUCUUCUCCCGGCAGUGCACGUUGCUCAUCUUCCUGCAGAGGCCCUGGGAGGUCACGCGCAGAGCCCUGGAGCUGCUGCACAACUGCGUGCACGAGUUGCGCCUGCUCGAGGUGUCGGUGCUGGAGGGGGCGCUGGACUGCUGGGUGUUCCUCAGCUGCCUGGAGGUUCUGCACCGCAUCGAGAGCUGCUGCGACCAGCCCCAGUUGGCCGCCAACAGCGCGCACACCGUAGGACUGUGGGCCUACGCCACCGAAAAGCUCAAGUCUCUGGGGAAACUUUGCGGGCUGGCGUCCCGUCAAGGUCCCACCUCGGAAGACUUGAACAGGACGGUGGACCUGCUGGCCGGACUGGGGGACGAGCGGCCUGAAACCGUGAACAGCCUGCAGAGUCCCUACAAGAAGCUGAAAGAAGCCUUAUCGUCCGUGGAAGCUUUUGAAAGGCACUACCUGGAGCUGUCUCAAGCGGCCAUGGAGAUGUACCGGGCCAUCGGGAGACGGCGCUCGGCUCGACUGCUCGGGAAAAGCCUGGCCGAGUUUUACAUGAGCAAAGGCGAACCGGAGCAAGCGGAAAUUUUGCUGUCGGACGCCCUGGCUUCGUACGUUUCCGAAGGUUGGAGUUUUCCGGUCACUCACACCAGGAAGCAGAUAGCCGAGUGUCAGAAGCUGCUGGGACGAAGCGUCGACUCGUUGAAGACUAGCGCCUUACUAGCGGGCGACGCUAACCUCGACGCGGACGAGAGGACGCGAUUCUGCCGGGACGUGCUGGACUUUGCCGGCGAUGACGGUGAGCGACGGCCGGCCGCUUUCGGGGAGCCGGUCGGCGCUGACGUCCCUAGUUGUCCACCCGCAGGUUCUGUCAAGUCCUCGCUGGACAUGGGCGUCUUCGCCAAGCUCACGCGGUUACAGUUUCGACCGGAUGGGGCGUGCGUGCACUCGGGCGCCCUUCUGCAGGUGGAGCUGACGCUACAUUGCUUGAUGCCGGUUCCCGUGCACGUGGAGGAACUGGCCGUCAGCCUCCACUUGGACGCCGAGCACGGUUCUAAGGGCCAGAGGCACGGGAGCGGCACCGGCGGCGCGUUCCCCGACACGGUGGACUUGGAGGCGGCCGUCUCCCCGCCGGGACGCCCCUCCUCUCUUAGCGCCGGCCCGGUGCCGGAGAUGGACGAGGCGCACGACCGCAGCCCCACGGACAAUUCUCUCAGCUCGGCCGGCGUGGUGUGUAAGAACGCCCACCUGGUAAUACGGCGCCACGACGGCUCGCCUCAGGACGAGCCGCGCGCCCCCGCCGGGAACCCCCCGACCAACGCGCCGACGGUGGCCCUGAAGGAGGGGGCGCGCGUGCUGAGGACGCGCGACAUCACGCUGGAACCCGGAGAUAAUAGUGUCGUGCUGACGGCGCCUAGCGACGAGUCCGGCACGUACACGCUGCGACAGCUGUGCGUGGCCUUGGCCCGAGUCAACUUUGUCCUGCCGCAUCUCUACCCGGCGGUCCAGUACCAUGUCUACUCUCAGGAACCGCAGCUCUCCGUCCAGCCGCUCUCCGAGCCGCUGCUGGCCGGCUUGCCGCAGACGGUCAAGUUCACCCUGCUGACAGGUCACUACGCCGUGAAGAAAGGCGACGCCCUGCAGCUCAGCAACAGCCACGGCAUGCCCGUCCUCACCCGUGCCAGCUGCGCCGCUCGCGUCAGCAACACCAGCGCAGCGGCGCGCGAGAGCGUGCUCUCGGUGCAGUCGUCCGACAAGGUGACCAGCAUCAGCCUGCCGCCCACCCCUCCCUACCACACGCUGGAAUUCCAGCUGGAGGUCCUGUGUCUCAUCCCGCCCGGACCGGAGCGGCCCGCCGACGAGAGGCUGACCAACGGCGAAGUCCGGCGACGCCCGCGCAGUUACAGCCACCCCGACACGGCCAUGACCGCCGUCGACCAGAGGAUGUCCAUCGACUGUCCGUGGUCCAUCUACUCCACGCUGCUGGCUCUCACCUUCCACAUCCCCUUCAAGACGGAGCACUCGCUGCUGUCCGCCGGAAACCGGAAGUACAUCCAGGUUUGCGUACGCAACGUGUCCGAUUCGGACUUCGCGCUGGCUCAAGUCAAACUGGCGGAGAAACGGCCGCCGCGUCAGGAACGGGAGCAGCAACUGCGGCCCGAGCUGGAGAUGCGAUCUCUCAACGCCGCCGCAGAGCAGUUGUUGUGCAGUAAGCAGAGCGUGUUCUGCUUGUGGGAAGUGACGAGCGCCGGCGAGCUCCCGUCUGGCGUGGCCUGCGUCUUCUCCGCCGGCUUCUUCCCCCGCGGGCACCGCGGCGCCACCGACGCUUUCGAGCUGUUCCACUACCACUUCCAGUUGGACAGGGUGCCCACUCUAUACAGCGUGAAAGCCGACAUCGUUCCCCCGGCCGGCGAGCGACACUGUCGCUCGGGCGCCCUCUGCGGGCUGGAGGUGCUCAUCGCGCGACUGUCGUCGCCGGCCGACGACGAGAAAGCGGACGCCGACGGCAAACUCAUGUAUGAAGUGGCGGACAGCAGCAGUAACUGGGCGGUGUGCGGCAAAAGUUCGGGGCUGGUGUCGCUCCCGUCGGCCGCCGCUUCGCCGCACAGAGUUCAAAUCGAGGUCAUGCCGCUGUUUGCCGGCCAUCUCCCUUUCCCUAAGAUCCAAGUCCUCAAGUAUCUUCCUCACAACGCCGCCGUCCAGCCAGACGCCGACGGCCCGGUGGAGAACGACAGCCUGUCCCUGCUGGACGAGGCGGCGGCCGACACGGCCAGCGUGCGCAGUCGCGGCAGCGUCCAGUCGCUGGGCGAGCAGCAGCAACAGCAGCGGGGCGCCGCCAUGCCCCGCCUGGACCCCUUCAGCCCGGGCCAGGUCUUCAACCACAGCCACGCCCGGCAGGUCCUGGUCCUGCCCGCUGCCGACGACCACAUCAUGGAGGUCCACGCCACGUGACCCCGAGGUACUCAAUAAAGACUUUGUACAGAGCCGAGCCGAGCGCGAGGUAGAAAACAUCCAAAUGGACUGAACCGCUGUGUGUGUGCGCCGGCGGGCCACAAAUUGAAAGUGCGCUAAUGCUAAUUGUUUGUGUUCAAGCACGCACGCACGUGUAUAUUGUAAAUGCCCCCCCCCCCCCCCCAAAAAAAAAAUCCUAUUUGAUUGACAGUUGUAUUAUUAAUAAAAUUCUCAAUUACAAUCAAUAAUUGCUGUUGUGAAUUUUGUGCCAAAUGGGGUGUUUGGUGAGAAGCAAAAUACAGCAACUACGUUCCCCAAAAUUCACCAGAAGUCAUCAUUCAAGGUCGUGGAAUAGUUUAUUUCAAAGUACUUUUCUUCUUUUUGAAAUGUCUAGGACAGGGGUCGGGAACUCUUAUGGUCGCUUUGCGACAUGGUUUUUGUUGUUUUCUUGCCAGUUCAAUAUGGCUGCACGACGUCUCUGGCUGAAGCCUAAGUUGUAAUGUUGUGCUUAUAUGAUCCUUGGACAAGAUUUGUCCGUAAGUAUGGUUGUUGUAAAGAAUGUACAUAUUUUGUUAAUAAGAGAAAUGUUACAUUUUUUGUAUGGGACGCUUUUUGUUUAUGUUUAGUGAACUUGUCUAGCGUGCUAAGCUAACGUUGUUGCUAAUGCAGUUGCUUAUGCAGUUGCUUGUGUACUUUUUUUGUAAUUUUACGACGGUCUAAAGAGGACAAUGGUUGAGGCCGUUCUAUUAAUAAAUCGGAUAA